AUUCCUAUUGACAAUACAGUUAAACCUUUUGUACAGCAAUUUAGACAUGAAGGAUUUAAUUUGAGACCAAAUCUUGAAAAGAAACUUGAUGAACUUGAAAACGUAGAUUUACUUGAAAAAGUGAAAGGAUCGAGACCGUGGAUAUCUCUGUGUGUUGUGGUACCAAAAGAUAACAGUGAUAUAAGACUUUAA